AUAAAACCGCCGGCGCGCUUGGAGAGGGUCAGUCACAGUUUGCCUUCUAAUCAGGUAGACCGUCGAACACCAGAAGAACUCAACUUUGCGAAGAAAUCCGUAUAGUUUUAAUUAACAAUCAAAAUGUACCGACUUUUCGUAGUUUUGGCUCUUCUGGGAGCGUCAACGGCCCAAAACCAAUACAACAAAAACCCACAGACGGCACAAAUCCUCGCCGAACAGAGAUAUCUCUCCGGUGACGGCAAAUUUGGUGCCCAAUACUCGCAAGAAGAUGGAGUCGAGUUCAAAGAAGAGAGUGAUGCUGAUGGUACCCGCCACGGUUCUUACUCUUACGUGGACCCAUCUGGUCAGAGGCGUACUGUGACUUACACCGCCGGCAAGAACGGUUUCCAAGCCACCGGUGACCAUCUCCCUCAAGCUCCAGCGGCCCCAGUGCCAACCCCACCCGCCCCACAAUACCAACCCCUCCCACAAUACAACUCACCAACAUACCAACAACCACAAUAUCAACAACCUCAAUAUCAACAACCACAGUACCAACAACCACAAUACAACCCACAACAAUACCAGCAAUAUCAACAACCCGCUCAACCUCAGUACACUCCACAAUAUCAGCAACAAGCUGCUUACCAACAACCACAGUAUCAGCAACCCGCUGCCCAACCACAAUACCAACAAUACCAACAGACGACGCAAGCACCACACAGAUUCUACCCACCCGGCAAGCUUAACCUGAACAGGUCGCCCGAUGGUUUCACCUAUAGCUUCCAGAAGGCUUAGGAUUCUAAUACUAGACUUAUAGCUUCCUAUUGAUUAACUCAAUUCUUGAUAAGUGCAGGUGUGACUUGUAUUUAUUGACCUCUUCUCUGUUCAUAGACGUUUUGUAUUAUAUUUGUUCGUAAUGUUUUUUUAACUUGAUUUUAAAAUAAAAGUUUAAAAAUCAA